AACCAUUUCAGAAGCUUUCUCUCUCCUCUGUUCUUGCUGAGCGAGAGAGGGAAACAAAAGCUCUGUGUUCAAUCAUUUCUCCAUGAAGAUCGAAGAGUGCAAAAACAUUCCAAGAAAGCAGAGGAAGAAGAAGAACCUUGAAAAGCAGAGGUCGAAAACAGAAGAUGAAACAGAGUCCCCUGCAUCUGGGGCGAAGCUGGGAGAAACCGAUGAGGAGACGUCUCCGAGGGGAGUUCUCGACAUGGUGUCGAGGCUCGACGAGAAAUCGGGGGAGCUCAGCAGUCUGCAGUGGAAGAAGAUGUUCGGGCAGGUGAAGAAGACGUCGUCCGUAUGGAAGAUUUCGACCAUCUCGUUGCUGGGAGGGGGUAAUGGGAUGUCGAAGAAGGCGCAGAGGAGGAGAGCGCAGGGGAGGCGGAGCAACUCUGAGGACGCCGGGGAUUUCAUCAUGCCUAAACCGUCGUGGAGGAAUUUCAGCUACGAGGAGUUGAGACAUGCUACCCAUGGAUUUAGUUCCGACAAAAUGAUCGGGAAAGGGGGGCACGCAGAAGUGUACAAAGGAAUGUUACACGACGGUCAAGUUGUGGCAGUGAAGAAGAUAAUGAAGGGGGAGAAGAACGAUGAAGGAAAGAACGGUGAUUUCUUGGCUGAGCUCGGGAUCAUUGCCCACAUCGACCACCCCAACGCUGCUAAGCUCAUUGGCUUCAGCGCUGAUCAGGGCUUGUACCUCGUGCUACAAUACUCGCCCCAUGGAAGCCUCGCCACUUCCCUACACGGCUCAGAAGAUUGUCAUCUGGAUUGGGGGACGCGAUACAAGGUGGCUAUCGGGGUGGCCAAGGGCUUGCAAUACCUGCAUUCGAGCUGCCAGAGGCGAAUAAUCCAUAGAGACAUAACAGCCUCAAACAUCUUGCUCUCUGAGGAUUAUGAAGCUCAGAUAUCAGAUUUUGGACUAGCAAAAUGGCUUCCUGAGGGCUGGGCUCAUCUUGUUGUCACUCCAAUCGAGGGAACUUUUGGGUAUAUGGCUCCGGAGUACUUCAUGCACAGGUUGGUUAAUGAGAAGACAGACGUGUUCGCUUUUGGGGUUCUAUUACUCGAGCUCAUCACAGGGCGUCGCGCAGUUGAUUCCUCCAGCCAAAGCCUGGUGAUGUGGGCAAAGCCUCAUUUGGAGAACAGCAGCGUGGAAGAGAUAGCCGACCCUAGGUUAGGCGGGAACUACGACGUCGUGGAGAUGAAGCGUGCAAUGUUCACAGCAUCGACGUGCAUCCACCACCAGCCUACGCUACGGCCAAACAUGAUGCGUGUUGUGCAGCUGCUGAAAGGCGAUAACGGGCUGGACAUGAAGCAGAAAUCCAUGGGCGAGCGCGUGCAGAUGCUGCAAGGCGACGACUAUGUGGAGGACAUGAAGCUGAUGUCGAUAGGGGGACGAACGCUGCACAUAGAUGCCUGUGACGCAGAGGACUACGACUCGCCCGCGUACCUCACGGAUUUGAAUCGCCAUAUGCAGCUAGUUAUGGAGUAGUGUAUAAUAUACAUAGCAACAACACUUUCAAGAAUCAGGAGAGUUGAAGUUCCAUGUGUUUCUCACCUCUUUUUUCUAGUAUUGUUGCUCAAAAUCAAGUAUGUACAGAGAGCUGAGUGUACUUUUCUAUUAGCUUUUUUUAAGAGGUUUGGAUUAGUAGACAUGUCCAAAUUGAACAUGAGACACAAUCAAGAUCAAGGAAUCAAGGAAUUAGAGAAUAUA